ACCACCGAGGACUACAACUCGCCCACCACGUCCAGCUUCACCACGCGGCUGCACAACUGCAGGAACACCGUCACGCUGCUGGAGGAGGUUCCUAAUCAACCUACAGAAGUCUCAACUAAAAAACUAUAGCUCCCUAAGCUUGGAACCCUAAAUUAACCCACAUUCCCCCUUUUGGUAUGUCCUGUUGGCAAAGCCUGUGCUGGGCUUUGCAGAUAUUGGUGCUUUUAUUUAAAUCUCUCUGUGAUGAGCCCUCUAGGAAACGGGUCAGAAAUGUGUAGUGAAAAGAGGCGAAGAGUUUGCUCCCUCACCAUUUGGGGGGCAAAGGGUCCCACUUGACCGUGGGAGUUAACGGAACACAAUGCGUGUCUGCCUUUGGGAGGCAGGCAUGGAUUAGCUGCCCGGGUUUCAUCCUGAUGUCUGAGUGUUUUCCAGGCAAAAAGACAGUGUUUUGCUUAUUCAGCAGAGCACAGUGACGUGUGCCAUUUUACUCGUGACCAUUUGGAAAUUAUGAGUAAAUUACUAGGAGAAGACAGUUUUGCUGAGAAAGGAAGGGAAGCCGGCAUUCCAGGACCACUGUGGGGGGAGACGGUACGAGACGCUCUCCAUUUAAAGGCUUAGACUGGUCAAUACUUAGUGCUUGGUGAAAGGGAGAUUCGACAUGAUAAAUGAAGGUCCUCUUGGUUAUUUAAUAUUGGGGCAGCACUUUAUCUUUUGUGAUGAUGGAGGGGACAUGUUCUGCCCAUUUAUUGAACUUUUGAGCCUCAUUUGAGUCUUAUGGAAGAGGGACACUUGUGUCCCAUUUUACAGAGAAGAAAAUUAAGGCCUAGAGAGAUGAACUGAUUUGUCCCCAAGGUCAGAUGGCUAGUAAGUAAAUAGAGUUAGGAAGUCCUUAAACAAUUAUGACAUAAGACAGAUGUUCUAAAUAUCUGCAAAGAUAUAGUUCGUUGGCUUUGUAGAGAAUACGAGGCUUCACUUUCAUUGUACCUUCUGAUUUUGAUCUUCUGAAACUGAGGUGCCUAAGUUCCUAAGUGGCUUAGUUUUUUUUCAUGUUCACAUUCCAGGGAGUUCUUAAUAGUAAUACUUAAAUACAUUACUUUUUUUUUUUUUCCCCUGUGCUUUUAGAGACUUGGGUAUGGUUUUUCAGAUUCAGAUGUGGUAGCUUAUUUGGGCGUAGUCUGGGAACAGCAUUCACUCAAAGCAUUUCUGGGGAGCACAAAUCAUUUUGCUCAGUCUAGCUGAGAUAUUGGAAUUGUCUGGAUUGUGUUAUGGAGAAACUUAUGGUCUUUGCGAAAGAGGUAAAUAAGGUUGUCAUUCUUAAUCGAGUAGGAGGGGGCAGUUCACAGGUGGGGGAAAUGAUAUAGGAUGUUCACCCCAGCAAUGCAAGCUGAAUCACUCAAAUUACCAUCCAUUCAGUACACAGAUUGUCCGGUGCCCAGCAGUGUGUUAGGCCCUGGGGAUACUAAGGUGAUCAUCCCUGCCCUCAUGAAGUGCAUAGUCUAAAAGUUUUCUUAUGGGGCCUGACAAAUGUGGGUCUUGCACUAGAAGUUAGCUUGUUUUAACACACGAGAUGUGUUUAGUUCUUUCUGAAGCCACAGAAAUGUUUGAAUGAAGAAAUGAGUGAAGGUGUGGAAUGUAGAUCCAUUAUCCAAGCUUCUUCCAUAGUGACUGUAGUUACCAGUUAUUAGCGUUCCUACUAUGUAGGAACCCCAUGCAUACUAUUACUUAAUGCUUACAUGUGCCCUGCUGUUAUCAUUGACCCCAUCUUCCAACAGUGACUCUUUUGCCCAAGGGCACACACACAGUAAGUAGUGGAUUUGGGCACGAAUCCUGCUUCUGUAGCACCCCCUCGCGUGCUAGUCAGAUGUCAUCUGUGUGUGUUUCUUUGCUCUCCAAGAAAGUUUUGGUUUUUUAUCCAUGUUCAUUUGGGCAUCAUCUGCUUUGUGGAUGACGAGAGGUCAUUAGUCUUCGAUAAAUGCUUUUAGGUCCUCCAGUGUUAUCCGUGGGGUCUCACACAUAGGGCCUCUGUGGCCAGGGCUCGAAGUCUGACCUUAGUCAUCAGCUCCAAGUGCUAGAAUGAAGUUGCUUUACUUCUCUUAAAUUUUGAAAGCCGAUAAACUUAGCAUCAAGUGUUAGUUUAUACAGCAGCUGCUAAAGUUGGUUGUGGUCUUUUUUUUUUUAAUUUUUUUUUAAUGUUUGUUUAUUUUUGAGACAGAGACAGAGCAUGAGCAGGGGAGGAGCAGAGAGAGAGGGAGACACAGAAUCCGAGGCAGGCUCCAGGCUCUGAGCUGUCGGCACAGAGCCCGAUGAGGGGCUUGAACUCACAAGCUGUGAGAUCGUGACUUGAGCCGAAGUCGGACGCUUAACCAACUGAGCCACCCACGUGCCCCAAGUUGGUUGUGGUCUUAAAGAAAGGUAAAUCUCAGGCAGGGCUUAGAUAAAAUCAGGGUUGGUCCUGUGCAUUGAUUGAGGUUAAAAAAAUAUAUACGUGGGGCGCCUGGGUGGCUCAGUCGGUUAAGCGUCCGACUUCAGCUCAGGUCACGAUCUCACGGUCCGUGAGUUCGAGCCCCGCGUCGGGCUCUGGGCUGAUGGCCCAGAGCCUGGAGCCUGCUUCCGAUUCUGUGUUUCCCUCUCUCUCUGCCCCUCCCCCGUUCAUGCUGUGUCUCUCUCUGUCUCAAAAAUAAAUAAAAACAUUAAAAAAAAAAUUAAAAAAAAUAUAUAUGUGUAUGUAUAUAAUAUAUAUUUGUAUGAUUUGUAUAAAUAUUAUACAUACAUAUAUGUACAUACAUAUAUAAUAUGUAUAAUACAUAUAUUAUAUGCUUUUUUUGUCUCUGACCGCUCGAGGAUAAAACCACAAAAACUGAGUUAAUCUUCUCUUGAUGUUGCUAUCUUACACAAAAUUCCGGGCUCUGUGGUCCACCUUUUGAUCCUGUUCAGGGGUACUGAGGGUGAGUUUUCUCUGGACAUAGCAGCAAAGGUCAGUGAGCAAGGAAUACAUUUAUUUUGUGGCAGAAGCCAAGAGAGCCCAAAACUUGCUUUAUGUACCAGAACUCGUGCUUUUUCUAAAAUAAGGCUCAAACUGUUAGCCACAUGUUCCAAACUAAUGCUGUUUGCCUUUCAUGUACAUCUUUAGAGUUUAAACACAUUUCCCAUGUGUACUGUCUACUAAAACCCCUUUGUGGUAGCAUCCUUAUUCUUUUACAUAUGAGUAAAGUAAGGCUCAGUGAGGUAAGUUACUUGACCAAAGUGACGCUUGUAGUAAUCGAUAGACUUGGGCUCUGAAUGCGGGAUCACUGCCUUUGUUUCUUCUGUACUUCGCUGUCUUUUGUGCCUCUUGUUUGCUGGUUGGUUUGUUUUGUUUUUUGUCUUUCAGAGCCCAUAAAAAAGACAUCUACCGAUUUUUAUUCCCACUUGAUAGCUAGUGCCAGAGAUACAGGGUUUGGGGUAGAGAAGAAAAAAGGGAAAGACCGUUCCUUUUCUCUGUUCUUCAAAGAUCUCUUGUUGGAUCUCUCUGGAAAUCUCUGCCAUUUGUAGUUAGAGAUGGGGCUACCCGUAGCACCCCCCUGACUCAGCAGAAGCGGAAAGGACCCGGUGGCUUCCAGCUUCCCCUGGAAUACUUGGUCUGCAUCUGUUGACUACCUUGUCUUUGCCUGCAAGCAGCCCACAGCUCCGGCCAAAGACCUGCUGCCCUUGGUUGGGGUUGCUGUAGGAGUCUGGCCACCUGCCCCUGGCUUCUUGGUCAUCCGUAGCCCUGCCUGUUUGCUGGGUGCUGCGAAACGCUAGACAUCAGAGCGUCAUGGAGCUUGGAGCAAGUCCAGUCUGGGACUUCCCAGCCUAGGACCCUAAUCUCCGAGGGGCCCAGGAAAGUGGUGAUGGGAGUCUAAUAAUCACUUGGCAGUUUUUCAGAAAAAUUAAUAGACGCCUUAAUAACGUGGUUCAGCCUACCUCUCGUGCCAACUGUCUUUUUUUUUUUUUUUAAUUUUUCUAAACCACUUUUAAAAAAAAAUUUUUUUUUUUUAACGUUUAUUUAUUUUGAGACAGAGACAGAGCAUGAACGGGGGAGGGGCAGAGAGAGCGAGACACAGAACCAGAAGCAGGCUCCAGGCUCUGAGCCAUCAGCCCAGAGCCCGACGCGGGGCUCGAACUCCCGGAACGUGAGAUCGUGACCUGAGCCGAAGUCGGUCACCCAACUGACUGAGCCACUCAGGCGCCCCUUAACCACUUUUUUUUAAGUUCAUUUAUUUAGAUGGGGGAGGGAGGGUCAGAGAGAGGGAGACAGAGAAUUCCAAGCAGGCUCUGUGUUGUCAGUGCUGAGCUCGACGCAGGUCUCAAACCCACGGACCCUAAGAUCAUGACCUGAGCAGAAAUCAAGAGUCAGAUCCUCAAAUGACUAAGCCACCUGGGUGCCCCAACUAUCUUUGAUUUGAGCUGAAAUAUAUCAGCUCAGUGGUGUGGCACUGAUUAUCUUCUGCUGACCAGUGCUUGGAUUGCUUGUUAGAGAUUCCUAAUAUUGCGAAGCAAAAUAUGAUCUCAUUCCUGUGAUUGGCUUGCUAGAAGAACCUUCGAGUUUUGUAACCCCAUUGGAGAAAGCUCACGAGGGAUGAGGACCCACUUAGGCCUAGUUUAGUCCCGCUGUGGAGACUGAAGCCUAAAAUGGGAAGAAAUUGAGCAGAGAUUUGAAUUCAGAUCUCCCACCUUCCAGCCCGGGACCUUUGCAGUGUGCUUUCCAAAAGGGCUAUGGAAGCUGUUUGUGCAUGGUGGUGGCUCUGUCUCUAGACCUUGCUUCCAGGUCAGAGGAGUGGAGAGUAAACCUGAAUUUAGAAACCUGGUCUUGCUAGCCAGUCUGCUGGUGUAAAUUUUGGUCUCACAAGAUACACUGUAAGGCCACAGCAGCCCUCCCUGAUGCUGGGUUAAGCAACUUUCAUCAGAAGCUUUUUGGUCCUGGAUGUUCCAGCAUUAUCCAGACUUUUGUCUUUAUGUCUGUGAGUCAGGGGAGCCGCCAGAGAGGUGGUUUCCAUUUAUGUAACGUAGUCAUUUGGUGACUAGAGCCAGACCUUGGCCUUAGCCAUUCCCACAUGAGUAAGUAAGUGAUGCAGUGGAGACCACUUUGCAUCUGAGCCUCCGUUUCCUCAUUUGAUGAAUAAAUGGCGUUGUUUUGAGUGUUCAAGGACAAGUCACUCCUUACGUGACUGCAUUACUGGUAAUAUAUGGCCUGAUGGAUGUCAGGGUCUGACCAUUUAGUCAGUCUUCUGUAGGGCAGGGAGGAAGGAGGUGAGAGGCAUAUCUUGCUAGGGAGGUGGGCAGAGUUCUCUCCACUCUGCACCAGUGGCAUCCCUUGGGUUCCCUUACCUGGGUUCCUUGCAGCCCUGUUCUCUUACAGUCCGUGUCCAGCAGGCUCCGGAACCUUACGGUGUCUUAGUUUCCUCCUGGGGAACAGUACCUACCUCUCAGUGAGUCUUUGUGAGUCUGUGUGAGCACUCAGUGAGUGCUCAGAACAGGGCCUGCCACGAUAAGUGCUCUAGAAAUAAUUGUUCUUACUAUCCUCCUGCUGUUGCAGGUUAUUAUUGUUGGAUUAGACCCUUGAAUGUGUAGCUGAGAGGACAAUAUGUGGUCGACCCAUUUCAGGAGGGUGGGCAAAGAGGUCAGACGGCAGGGCCAGCCGUGUGCCUUCCGGGACCUGGGUGGUGGAAGUGUAGAUGAGGCCAGAAGGAGGACUGGGGCAGCACCAGCACUGUGACUGUUGGGGAUCAUGGUCAAAGCCAGUUUGACCUGAAACAGACUGACAGCUCAGUUUUCCUCUGUCCUCUGCUCUUGGUGGUGCUUGUCUGAAGGGAACCACUAACCGGUGCUGCCUUCUCUGACCCAGGCCCGCCCCAUGGGCUCUGCUGGUGCAGACACCCCAUCUGUGCUCCCUUUGUCACUGCUGGUUCUAUUCCCCACCUCCCACCCCCCCAACCGUGUCCCUCCAUUGGUGCACCUAAGCGAUGACCGUGCUGCCCCCUUUGAUCUGGGCUGGGACUCUGGGGUAAUGAGCCACUUUCUCUGUUAUACAGUAAAGCAAGUAUUUGAUUUUGGUCAUUUGUGGGGAGGUGCUGGGGGAAGCAUUUAUGCUUUGGCCCUGGUGGCAGCUCUGUUGUGUGCUUUACUGAUUACAGCCCGAAGCACGGAGACCACAAGGAAUUCUAUUUUGGUUUGGAGGCAGGCGCCUUAAAGUGAAAAGGACUUAGCCUCAAAUUUACAUUUCUGUGUGUCUCAUAACUUCUUUUCAGUGUCAGUAAAAUGAGUUUUAAUUAUUUGUGGGGCAGGGGUUUGGUCAGUCCUGGAGGCACUUGACCCCACUUGGUCUUCAUGGAAUCUGAGAGUUCCAGUAGGCUCUUCCAGCUCAGAGCACAUUCUGAGCAACGCUGUGUCGUGGUGCAGUUUGUGGUCACUUACGUAAGAACUGAAUUUUAAUGCUGGGGCUAUGGUGUAAUUUUCCCCAGAGAACUGGAAUAUAUGUCCCCUUGAUAAGAGCGCCCAAUGUAGCUACCCAGAAACUGGAAAAACAAAACCAGAACCUCAUGCACCAGUGAGGUGAAGCCCAAAAAACGAUUGCAUUUUGGCACCAACUAGUAAAGAAAGCAGAGGUGGCUAAGUCAAGCUAGCUCGUCCCUUUCGCUGCCACAUGUGCUCUGGGUGGGUAAGAGUAUAAGCUCUUCCAAGCCCUUUUAUUAUUAAUACAACCUGGAUACCUUGUGUUUCCAUAGCAUUGUGCUCAGGGGCGAGGGCAAGGAUGGCCGUGUCCCCAGUGCCCAGCAUAGCACCUGACCUGAUGACUGUAUUAUGAAAUCAACUUGACAGAGUUGGAAAAGGGCUUUAGAGACCAUCUGGUUCAAUUCCUCUUUUCUGUGGAUGAUGAAGUUAGACUCUUUUGUUGUAAGUGACAGAUUCCACCUCCCCCCAACAAAACAAAAUACGGCUAGUUCAAGCAAAAUGAGGAUUUGCUUUAAGGACUCAUAGGGCUGUUUCCUGGACAUGAGGGGCAAGAAUGGUAGGCAGUGUGGAUAUUUUCUUCGGGACAAAUGGCAGAGGACAGCAGCCCUGGCCCUACCUGCUCCCUCCCUCUAGUGCCUCCCACCCCGCUGUCAGCUGAGUCAUCGUGCCUGAUUCACGUGUCUGCGAGGAAGGAUUGGAUUGGCCCAGCUUGGGUCAGGACACCAACACUAGUCCAGUCGGCUUUGGCUAGGUUGCUGGGGUUACCUGAUGGGUGGGCCUGAGCCCUGGCCUUCGUCAAGGACCCGGUGUGACGCUGAUCCUCAGAGAAGGGAAGAAGGUCUGUAUACCCAGACCACACAUCAAAGUCUGGACUAGGGUCCGGACCUUUUAGCCCCACGUCUUCAUCCUUUAUUGGCAUGAGAGCAAAAUGGAGACCACGGUACCUCACAGGGUUAUGGAGAGAACCAGUGGGGAAGGCUCUAGACCAAGAUAGAACAGCCUUACAGAAAGUGAAGAAGUCUGUCAAAGCAAUAUAUAAUUCCGGUCAAGAUCACGUACAAAAUGAAGAAAACUAUGCACAAGUUCUUGACAAGUUCGGAAGUAAUUUUUUAAGUCGAGACAACCCAGACCUUGGCACUGCUUUCGUCAAGUUUUCUACUCUUACAAAGGAACUGUCCACACUGCUGAAAAAUCUGCUCCAGGGUCUGAGCCACAAUGUGAUCUUCACCUUGGACUCCUUGUUGAAAGGAGACCUGAAGGGAGUCAAAGGAGAUCUCAAGAAGCCGUUUGACAAAGCUUGGAAAGACUAUGAGACAAAGUUUACAAAAAUUGAGAAGGAGAAGAGAGAGCACGCAAAGCAGCAUGGAAUGAUCCGCACGGAGAUCACGGGAGCCGAGAUCGCAGAAGAAAUGGAGAAGGAGAGACGCCUCUUCCAGCUCCAAAUGUGCGAAUAUCUCAUUAAAGUUAAUGAAAUCAAGACCAAAAAGGGUGUGGACCUGCUGCAGAAUCUUAUAAAGUAUUACCACGCUCAGUGCAAUUUCUUUCAAGAUGGCUUGAAAACGGCUGAUAAAUUGAAACAGUACAUUGAAAAACUGGCUGCUGAUUUAUAUAAUAUAAAACAGACCCAGGAUGAAGAAAAGAAACAGCUAACUGCACUCCGAGACUUAAUAAAAUCCUCUCUUCAACUUGAUCAGAAAGAAGUAGGUGGUCUAGAUGUUUCCAGCAGGGUUUCCAGUGAUUCCCAGAGCCGGCAAGGAGGGUACAGCAUGCAUCAGCUCCAGGGCAACAAGGAAUAUGGCAGCGAGAAGAAGGGCUACCUCCUGAAGAAAAGCGACGGGCUCCGGAAAGUGUGGCAGAGGAGGAAGUGUGCAGUCAAGAACGGGAUCCUGACCAUCUCACACGCCACGUCUAACAGGCAACCCGCUAAGCUGAACCUCCUCACCUGCCAAGUGAAACCAAAUGCCGAGGACAAGAAGUCUUUUGACCUGAUAUCACAUAAUAGGACGUAUCACUUUCAGGCAGAGGAUGAGCAGGAUUAUGUAGCAUGGAUCUCCGUAUUGACAAAUAGCAAAGAAGAGGCCCUGACCAUGGCCUUCCGUGGAGAGCAGAGCACGGGAGAGAACAGCCUGGAAGACCUGACGAAAGCCAUCAUUGAGGACGUCCAGCGGCUCCCCGGGAAUGACGUCUGCUGCGAUUGUGGCUCGUCAGAACCCACCUGGCUUUCAACAAACUUGGGCAUUUUGACCUGUAUAGAAUGUUCCGGCAUCCAUAGGGAAAUGGGGGUUCAUAUUUCCCGCAUUCAGUCUUUGGAACUAGACAAAUUAGGAACUUCUGAACUCUUGCUGGCCAAGAAUGUAGGAAACAAUAGUUUUAAUGAUAUUAUGGAAGCAAAUUUACCCAGCCCCUCACCAAAACCCACCCCUUCAAGUGAUAUGACUGUACGGAAAGAAUAUAUCACUGCAAAGUAUGUAGAUCAUAGGUUUUCAAGGAAGGCCUGUUCGUCUUCAUCAGCUAAACUGAAUGAAUUGCUCGAGGCCAUCAAAUCUCGGGAUUUACUUGCACUAAUUCAAGUCUAUGCAGAGGGGGUAGAGCUAAUGGAACCACUGCUGGAACACGGACAGGAGCUUGGGGAGACGGCCCUACAUCUUGCAGUCCGAACUGCAGACCAGACCUCUCUCCAUUUGGUUGACUUCCUUGUGCAAAACUGUGGGAACCUGGAUAAGCAGACAGCCCUGGGCAACACGGCUCUACACUACUGCAGUAUGUAUGGUAAACCCGAGUGUUUGAAGCUUCUUCUGAGGAGCAAGCCCACCGUGAGUGUCGUGAACCAGGCUGGGGAGACUGCCCUGGACAUAGCAAAGAGGUUGAAAGCCACCCAGUGUGAAGAUCUGCUGUCCCAGGCUAAAUCUGGGAAGUUCAACCCACACGUCCACGUGGAAUAUGAGUGGAACCUGCGUCAGGAGGAGAUGGAUGAGAGUGACGACGACCUGGAUGACAAACCGAGCCCCAUCAAGAAAGAGCGCUCGCCGAGGCCUCAGAGCUUCUGCCACUCCUCCAGCAUCUCCCCCCAGGACAAGCUGUCACUGCCGGGGUUCAGCACCCCGAGGGACAAGCAGCGGCUCUCCUACAGCGCCUUCACCAACCAGAUCUUCCCCUCUGCAAGCACAGACUCGCCCACGUCACCAACCACAGAGGCACCCCCGCUGCCUCCGCGAAACGCCGGGAAAGGUCCAACUGGCCCUCCUUCAACACUCCCUCUAAGCACCCAGACCUCUAGUGGCAGCUCCACCCUGUCCAAGAAGAGGCCUCCUCCCCCACCACCCGGACACAAGAGAACCCUAUCCGACCCUCCCAGCCCACUACCUCACGGGCCCCCAAACAAAGGCGCAGUUCCUUGGGGGAACGAUGUGGGUCCAUCAUCGUCAAGUAAGACUGCAAAUAAGUUUGAGGGACUAUCUCAGCAAUCGAGCACCGGCUCUGCAAAGACUGCCCUUGGCCCAAGAGUUCUUCCUAAACUACCUCAGAAAGUGGCACUAAGGAAAACAGAAACCAGCCAUCACCUCUCCCUGGACAAAGCCAACAUCCCGCCCGAGAUCUUUCAGAAGUCCUCACAGUUGGCAGACUUACCACAGAAGCCACCACCCGGAGACCUGCCCCCGAAGCCCACAGAACUGGGUCCCAAACCCCAAAUGGGAGAUUUGCCUCCUAAGCCGGGAGACCUGCCCCCCAAGCCCCAGCUGGGAGACCUGCCCCCCAAGCCCCAGCUGGCAGACUUACCCCCCAAGCCACAGAUGAAGGACCUCCCUCCCAAACCGCAGCUGGGAGACCUGCUGGCGAAGUCCCAGGCUGGGGACGUGUCGCCCAAGGCCCAGCAGCCCCCAGACGUCACCCAGAAGUCACACCCGGUGGAUCUCUCCCCGAACGUGCAGUCCCGAGACACCAUCCAAAAGCAAGCAUCCGAAGACUCCAACGACCUCACGCCCACUCUGCCAGAGACGCCCGUCCCGCUGCCCAGGAAAAUCAAUACGGGCAAAAACAAGGUGAGGCGAGUGAAGACCAUCUACGACUGCCAGGCGGACAAUGACGAUGAGCUCACCUUCAUGGAGGGGGAAGUGAUUGUGGUCACGGGGGAGGAAGACCAGGAGUGGUGGAUCGGGCAUAUCGAAGGACAGCCUGAAAGGAAGGGGGUCUUUCCAGUGUCCUUUGUUCACAUCCUGUCUGACUAGCAAAGAGCAGGACCUUGAGAUUGUCCACAUCUUCACGCAAGACUGCCGCCUCCACGUACUCCCGUGCACACGUGUAUAUAGCUGCUGUUACAGAACGAGGGACUCACUCCAGGGCCGCCUCAGGAGGGGAACGCAGUGUGUGUUGUAAAUAGUCUGUGGUCUUCCGCCUUCGCCAGUAUUAGGGUAGCCCUGGGACCCGGCGCGCCUUACUGGUUUGCCAAAGCCAUCCCUGGCGUCUAGCACUUAACAUCUCUAUGCUGUUUUCCAAGCAGACAGACAGAAACAGGAAUAUAGCAGCUGCUGGCUUCGCAAGGAGAAGUGGUCUCCAGCAGCCGUUGAAAGGCGUAGAAUUGACUCGUGUUCCUAACAAAACAGUAUUCUCCAUUGUGUUACUGAAAACGCAACAUUAGCAGAGAGGUGGGUUCUGUUCUCCAGGUGAAAUUAGCUCCGUGACAGAACGGCCUGUAGCGGUCUGUGUACACGGUUCACAGCCACAAAAACCUACUUUGGUAUUUAUUACAGAGAAGUGCUCGGUUAAACGUAAGUGUUGCUCCUUCAGCAAAAUAAAAUACUCACCGGCCCAAACCCUUUGGUGGCAGUUGACCGUCCCCACCGCCUCGGGCAGGCUAGGCGCGGUCGGUUUAUCCUGUCUUACGGUGACGAGUGCCCGCCCCUGAGAUAUUACCUCAUUAUGCAGAAAUAACAUAUCCUUCACGACUAUUUUGACAAAAGCUUAAAACACAUCUGGUGAAGUUCAACUUUCAGGAACCGAGGACCGCCAGGAAACAUUAGCCUCUACAUUAUGCAUGCAUUUAGAAGCUUACCUGAGAUCUGCCUUUUAUAAAGGAACAGUACGGACAAGUUGAACUGUACAUUUUUUAAACUUGAUCGCCAUUAAAGCAGAAAUUAUAAGGUUGCGACAAUACCCGUUUCUAGUCAGUCAUUUGGCCUUCUCAGAGCGUGAAGCUGCGUAUCCCGUUAUGAAUUAGCAUCCUCCCGAUGUGUUAAAGCACCUGAUACACCAGUUUAAAUUCAUUAUUUUGUCAGUUUUGUCCUUGAUCAAUUUAAACCUGUAAGAGAGGAUUCAAGAAGAAUUUAACAGUCGGCCCUUCACACGGCUUCCCCCCGACCCCCCCAUAGGAUCCGGGUGCUGAAGCCAGCCUCCUGUUCCUCCGUGCUUUUGAUGACACCCGAGGCGUAGGUGAGGCUUCCGGCCUUAAGCUGACUUCAGUAAACCCGUUCCCUUCAAGGCAGGUCGCGGCCAAGUGCUCGAACGCCGCCGUGAACCGGCGCUCUUCCCGCAGCGAGCCUCCCUCCGUGUUCUCUCCGUCCCAGUCGCGGCCAUCAGGCCGCUGAGGGCGCCCUGCGCGCUCGGUCUUGUCCGCCGGUCUGGGUUCUGAAAAGAGCACGUUCUUUUCAGCGUUCCCCAGUCGGCGGGGCCGCCCUCUGGAUUCCGAGGCCCGUGUGUCCUCGUGGCAUCGCGUUUGCUUAAACCGCUUUGUUGGCAACAGCAUAGAAAGCUGGUGUUUUUAAGCAGGGAACCUCGGCAGCGCGUGGCUUAGAAACGCUCGUUGCACAGACGCGCGCUCCCGCCCGCGCCCGUGGGAAAAGCCCCCUGGACCACAGCGCUCAGGGAGUGGUAGGGAGCCCGGCUCUGCUGAAGGGAUCGCCGCGAACACCCACCUCACAAAGAAACCUUGCGUGAACGCACCCGCACCGCGACUUCCCAGCUGUUCCUGGAAAGUGGUUUUGAGCAGUUGCUGGCCCGGCGGCCCCCGCGAGCCGCGCACAGCCCGCCAGCGUCAGGAGCCAGGCGGCGCACGGGGCCGUCGGCCCAGGAAGGCGCCGUCCCGAGUCACGGAGCGUCCUGGUUCAUUCAAGUACGCGUUCCGAGUUGCAUUGAAGAACCGUUCGUCUUUGUGGCCUAUGGUAUUUUCAGCCGAUCUCAAAAUAAACUGGUUUUCUAAAAAACUCAAAACCUAGAUGUCUAAAAUUACACGGAGUCUUUGUCUGUUCUUUCUCCUCCUUCCACAGAUGCAGUUGUUCCUUUGGGUUUUUUUCCGAUACCUUCUGUGUUUUUCUUUCUGGUUUUUUGUUUUCCGUGAGGAAUUUGCGUUCUGUCUAAUCCAGCUUACCGCGAGACAUAGGAAAGCUAGGGACAAGUACCUUUGGUGAUCUUGGUCGAGUUUGAAUCUUUGUUCUGAAACUCAGCGAGCCACUAUCUGCAAUUUUGUACAUGAUAUAGUAUUUUGAAGGUAUGGAACCUUAUGGGGAAAAAAAAUAGUUAAUUAGUUCUUUUUUCCCCCAGAGGGGAAAGUUACGUUCUGCAAAUAGCCUGUGUCUUAUUUUACUGUUGAACAGCAAUUGCUAUUUAUUUUUUUAUUGCCUAGAACUUCUACACGUUGUAUGGGAACCCCGUAGUGCCGCUAGAUAAAUUCCAAACUCUCGUCUGGGUGUUACCACGAGGCAUCAGUACACUUGUCAUUUCACACGGAGUUAAUGUGACCGUUUUUCAGUACUGUAUGUGUUAAUUUCUACUUUUUUUAAUAUUUAAAAUUGCUUUUAAAUAAACAUAUUCUCAGUUGAUCCCAAACAUCUGAAAUCAAGCCAUUUUGUGAGUCGUCCACUCUGUUCCAUUCGGAGAGAAUCAGGGCUCCUGCUUGGCUGUGCUUUGGGGCGGCGGGUGGGUAGGUAGAUAACACAGCCAUUCCUGUGUCAAAGCUUUGGAGACAUAAAGAUGUCCAUCACUUUCCUGGGCUUACAAAACAAGUCCUCUGCAUUUUGCCCACCCCCCCCCCCGUUCCCACUCCCACCUCCAUGCACCCACUUCUCCUUUUUAUGUGAAGAGGGGAGAGCCCUGCCCCCCAGCAAGAGGCACACACCUCUCAGCUUUACAGAGUUUAAAAAGGAGGGGGGUGCCUGGGUAGCUCAGUCAGUUGAGCGUCCGACUUCGGCUCAGGUCAUGAUCUCACCGUUUAUGGGUUCGAGCCCCGCGUCGGGCUCUGUGCCAACAGCCUGGAGCCUGCUUUGGAUUCUGUGUCUCCCUCUCUCUCUGCCCCUCCCCUGCUCAUGCUCUGUCUCUCUCUGUCUCAAAAAUAAAUAAAACAUUAAAAAAAAAAUUAAAAAGGAGGCCCAGAAAGCCUCACUGCCCUGCAGGACAUGCCGUGGCUGGUAAACAACCGAGUCUGGGUCCAAGUGAGUGGUUCUGGCCCCGGUGCCGUCCUAGGAUCCAUCGCAGCGUUCCAGCCUGGAAGCAGAGGUGGAAAACGGCUGGAGGCGACAACACCGAACACUCUCGAGUGUUGGCCUGGCAUUCCUUCGGGUUCCUCGUUGGUGGAGGUUAGUGCCUAUCACACACCUAGACCAGAUAAAGCCUACAGACGGUGCUGACGGGGAAGAUGGGCUUCGGUGUGGACGCCAGUGACUAUCAGGCUAUUUCUGGGACAGGCUAAUGUAAUUAUCUGGAUAGUUCAGGCAAAGGGGAAGCCGGCUUUCUCUCAAAUCAGUGCUGCAGUGGUUACAUCGGUUCUAUAUUGUUUUAAACCUGGUAGGUGUCUGCUGAAAUUAACGGACUUGCCCGCCUCGGAGGCAGCCCCUCCAGGAUACUGCGAGCUGCCUCGGACAUUCCUCCCCCAGUGACGCCAGAAACCAGAGGAACUCUGAUCUCCUUGCCUUCGGCCCUUGGAACACUAGAUGGUUGAUGAGCCUGUGUUUCCCGUAUGCGCAUUCAGUCUCCUGUGCAGCGAGAAUCCUCUUGGGGCACAUCUUCAGAUGAGGAAAUCCACGCAUGGGGCUGAAGGGACUUGCUCAAGGUCACUGAUGGCAGCAGGGCGAGCCCAGGUCCUUGUGGCCUCGGCAACAGCCUCCUCCCACCCCCACUCCCUGCCCUACUUGUUUCUCCUCUUCCCCAAUCCUAGAUCUUCCUUCCAGAAUGUGGCCUGCGUGGAUAGCGGAGACGGUAAUUCUAAUUCAACCUCUCCUAUUUUGCCCCCUCCCCACUGCGUGUGUCCUCACCCACCCGGGCUGGUAUCUGACCUUUCCAGGUCUCAGCAUGUAGGUAACUCAGGGCCGAGGGGCUCCCCUCUCUGCAGCUGACCAUGUGCUCACUCGCACAGCCCCACGGUGGGGGACACGUUGAGUCCGGCCUGUCCAGCAGCAGCCUGGGCUGGAGGGGAGGUUGCCUUACCUUAAAUAUCCGAGCUCGUACAUUCCCCAGGUAGGUAUUCUCUGUGUGUCGAGACGAUGCCAGACCUGUAGUUGCAAAGACAAACCCCAAAGCUCUGUCCCUGAGAAGCCCUCAGGGGGAGGGGGACAGAGAAGCACUGAUGACCGUGGGGCCCACCCGGUGGGGGGGCGUCCCUGGGGCCCUCAGUCUGCGCUCCUGCUACAGGCCCCCACUGACCGAGAGGGUGAAAGGCACAGAGCUCGCAUGGAGGCUGGCGGGAGAGCGAUGCUCCCCUGCAACGGCUGGAGCAGCCCCCCCCCCCCCCGCAAGUAACAGGUGCACCCGCCUGCCCCAGUGACCGCUCACCUGCACUGAGGCCCUGGGGCACGGCCAGACUCAUCUCUGUAGCACCAGGAACCUGGCCUGGUCUCCUCCCCUCUUUAAAGACGAGCAGGCUGCAGCUUAGGGAGGUCAAGUCGUAACUGGCCAAGAGUCAAGUUGCUAACCAAAGGGCGGAGACCAGACUUGAACCCUGAGGUCAGGGCCCGUGUGGCCGCCAGCCAUGACCCCGCGCUGCCUGUGUGCUGCUAGUAGGCUCCCUGGCUGCCAUUUCUGAAGGGAACUUGGGUCAAUG